GGGGCCCCACGUGCCCCACGCUCGGAGGCAGCCUAUUGGUCCAUCGAGGCCACCGCCUGCUCCCAUUGGCUAAUCCUAUCAUGUGCCCGCCCCUUCCCGAGGGCGGUGACGGGCAUCGGGGGAAAAGUUACCGGAGAGACCGGGGAAAGUUACCGGCCGGAUUGCUGCAGCGGCACCAGGUGGCUCCGGGCCGGCCCCAUGGCGGAGAAAUCGGUGUCCCGGGACUCGGACAGCAGCUGGGUGCUGGCGGGCAGCGAGGGUCUGCAGGUCGACACGGUGGGGCCGGAGCUGGAUUCAGCCUCCCACGGGGCUGAGGAUGAGGAGCUGGAGAAGGAGGAAGGCGCCCAGGACACCGACACAGCUGCCAGCCCUGGCCAGACUGAGUGCACGGAGGGCAGUGAGCAGGGGGUAAGCCCGGGAACCAGAUCCUGGGGUCCUGCUUGUGCUAUGGGGACGUGUGACACCCCCAGCACCUGUGUCCACAGGACCUGGACCCCAAGUCUGGGGCAGUGCCCACCCUGGAUGGCUCCGUGGAGCCCUGCGUGCCCGAUGGAGGGGAGCAGGAGGAGGCUGGCACCGAGGCUGAACCAAGACCUUGCCCUGACACCCCCAAAGCUGACCCUCUCUCUAGGUCCCUCCCGUCCCUCCCCAGGGCCACCGACAGAGGAGGGAAGCUGCAGCAGCAGUGAUGAUGAUGAUGAUGCGGAGGGGCUGCGGCGGCGGCAGGGCCAAGAGCCUCGUCCUGGGUCCUUCCUUCCCACACCUGCCCUGCACCGGGGAGCACCGGAGAGUGGCGACGUGGAAGGGCUCAGCAUGAGCAAGUACCUGCUGGGUGCCUUGGCACUGGUGGCCGUGGGGCUGCUGAUUGUCUCUGGUGGCAUCUACGACCCGGUGGAUGGUCCCUUGGAGAGCGUGGUGAGCCGGGACGUGGCCAUGGGGGAGCAGGAGUCACCACUGCCUGCUGACAGCAACGACUCACAUCAGAAGCCCCCCGUGUCAGCCACCAGGGACCCCCAGAGCCUGCAAUCUGUGAGCCUGCUCCUGGACAAGCUGGCCAAGGAGAACCAAGAGAUCCGGCUCAUGCAGGCAGAGCUGCAGGCCCACAAGGAAGAGCUUCAGGCCCUGCUGCAGAAGAGCGAGGGCAGGGCAGCAGCGGCCGGGGCGCAACAGCAGAGCCUGGCGGCGGAGAACGAGCGGCUGCAGGCAGCUCUGGAGCGGGAGGCUGCUGCUCUCCGUGAUGCCCGAGCUGAGCUGCAGCGCCUGCGGGCUGCGGGGGCGCUGGGCAGCCCCGGGACCGAGCAACCGGCGGCAGAGCAGCCUCCCAGCACAGAUGCUCCAGCCCGUGGCGAGGAGGCGGCGCGGCGGGAGGGUGCCCGGCGGCAGGGCUGGCUGGCUUCGGUGCAGCAGGAGUUGGCGGGUGUCCUGGAACGGGCACGGAGCCCUGGGGGGCUUGAGGGGCUCGUGGAGAAGCUGAGUGCCCUGGAGCAGCGCCUGGGUCAGGAGUUGGAGGCUGAGCCUUUCCCCGGGCACUGGAAGAAGCCGUUCAAGGCGGAGAAGAAGGAGAGCAAGCGCCACAAGCGGCACGGCGCUGGGGCAGCACCUCAUGAGAGGGAGAGGAGGGAGCAAGGCAAACCCCAUGGGCACGGGAAGGACUCCCGGGCCCCCCGGGAGCAUAAGCAGGGCAAAUCCUGGGGGAAGUCGUCUCACGGCCCUCCCCAGCGUGGCCCCCGUGAGCUGCCCCAGUUCAGCCAGUACCGGGCACCUCAGGGCUGCUCGGGGGUGGCUGACUGCGCCCGCAAGGAGGGCCAGGAGGUGCUGGGGGCUGCGCUGGAGCCGGUGCAGAAGGCUCAGUUCCUGCGGCUGCUGGAGGGCUUCAUGGGGCGGCUGGGCUGGGGGAGACACUUCGAGGGGCUGGCAGCGCGGCUGGACGGCGCCUUCGGGGCCGAUGGCAUCUUCGCCCACGACCGUCUGCGCUUCGUUGACUUCGUGGAUGAUGUGGAGGAUCUGCUGGAGGAGGUGGCGAGGCAGGAGAGAGGAGACGAGGAGGCUGCCGAUGACUUCGAGGAGUUCGUGCUGCGGCACUACGCCGGGGACAGAGGCACCUCCAGGAAGGAGUGGGAUCGGAGAGCCUCACGGCAGCACGGAACAAGGGGGUAGAGCCGAGGGGCAGAGCCGUAGUUUGCCAGGGCGGAUGCCCAACCACAGCCUUCACCCAGCACCCCCAAGCAAGGGCUUCCCACAGGCUGUUUUAGGGGGGGAAUGGGGGUCUGGGGGCUGCUGUCACACCCCGGGGGGUCCGGGUAGGGCCGGGUCCCCGACCAGAUGCACUGAGUGUUGUUGCACUGCCACCGUCUAAUAAAGUCACCACUGGGCAGA